CAAUAGGUUUGGAUUCAUGCCCAGAACCUCAGCCUCCCCUCAACGGUGUCAAUGUGGGCCAGCGCUUCACUGUGGGGGACAUGGUUUCCUUUCAGUGUGAUCAAGGCUACUCUCUGAAGGGUAAUGAAUACAUAACGUGUAUGCCAGGGCCCGUCAGACGAUGGAAUUACCCCGUACCUCUGUGUUUAGCUCAGUGCGGAGGCUCUAUGACAGACUUCAGUGGUGUGAUCCUGAGUCCAGGCUUCCCAGGGAAUUACCUCAGCAGUCUGGACUGUAGCUGGAGUGUACAGCUCCCCGUAGGCUUCGGCAUUCACCUGCAGUUUCUAAACUUCUCUACCGAAGCGGUGCAUGACUAUCUGGAGGUGCUCAGUGGGAGUUUGGAGACGGGUUCUGUGAUUGACAGGUUCAGUGGGUCCGUUGUGCCGGGCUCUCUGUUCAGCACCACACAUGAAACCAGCUUCUUGUUCCACAGUGACUACUCCCAGAACAAACCAGGCUUCCACAUCAUCUACGAGGCCUAUGAGCUCCAGCGCUGCCCUGACCCGAGGCCGUUCCGUAACGGCGUGGUGAUAGGCCGAGACUUCGGGGUGGGCCUGACCAUCUCGUUUGAAUGCCUGCCAGGUUACACCCUGAUAGGAGAGGUCUCACUCACCUGCCUGCAUGGGGUCAGCAGAAACUGGAACUACCCUGUACCAUGCUGUGAGGCCCAGUGUGGUGGUAAUAUAACGUCUCUGAACGGGACCAUCUAUUCUCCCGACCACCCAGCAGAGUACCCUAACUUCCAGGACUGCCUGUGGAGUGUACGGGUUCCCCCAGGGAAUGGCAUCUGCAUCAACUUCACCGUUCUCAACACUGAACCCAUCUACGAUUACAUCACCGUCUGGGCCACAGACCUAGACCACUCUCCCCUGGUUGUUACUCAUCGCUACAGGGCCACAGACCUAGACCACUCUCCCCUGGUUGUUGCUCAUCGCUACAGGGCCACAGACCUAGACCACUCUCCCCUGGUUGUUGCUCAUCGCUACAGGGACACAGACCUAGACCACUCUCCCCUGGUUGUUGCUCAUCGCUACAGGGCCACAGACCUAGACCACUCUCCCCUGGUUGUUGCUCAUCGCUACAGGGCCACAGACCUAGACCACUCUCCCCUGGUUGUUGCUCAUCGCUACAGGGCCACAGACCUUGACCACUCUCCCCUGGUUGUUGCUCAUCGCUACAGGGCCACAGACCUAGACCACUCUCCCCUGGUUGUUGCUCAUCACUACAGGGACACAGACCUAGACCACUCUCCCCUGGUUGUUACUCAUCGCUACAGGGCCACAGACCUAGACCACUCUCCCCUGGUUGUUGCUCAUCGCUACAGGGCCACAGACCUAGACCACUCUCCCUGGUUGUUGCUCAUCGCUACAGGGCCACAGACCUAG